AUGGUUAAUGCUAAAGGUGAGAUGGAUGAUAAAUGUUAUAGUGAAUUUGAAAUUGACUCAGUUAAUAUUGGUAUAAUUACAUUAAAACAUCGUCUUACUAAAAGAUAUAUAUGUUUUAAUAGAAGAAAAAGAUUAACUGUAAAGAAUGAAGGUCAUGACUCAAAAUGCCAUUUUAGAGAGCUUGUUACUAAAUCAGGUUAUACUAAAUUAAAAUCUGUUUACCAUAAACACACUUUUCUUGGAUUUAAUAAAAAUGGACGUUUUCUUGAUCCUUUAAAAUAUAAUAUUGAUGUUCAUUGCUUUUAUUAUGUAAAAUUAAAUCGUUAUAUAUCAAAAGAUAAUAUUAUUAUUGAUCAUCCAUGUACAACAAAAAAACAAUCUUUAAAAGAAGAAAUUGAAGAAGAGUUAUGGAAAACUGAAAGAGAGAAUAUACAAAAAUAUAUGUAUAAUUUACAAAGGGAAACAAUUCUUAAUCGUAUUCGUGCAACUUAA